UUCAAAUAUAAACAAAAGAAACAUAAAUAUCUUUGUUUCUCACCUUUUUUUUUUUGUUGGUUAACAAAUGGCAAUAGCUUUAAACAUGAAUGGUUACAUAGACGAGUUCACAAAAGCUCUUGAACCGUUCAUGAAGGUAAGUUCAUCUUCUUCUACCUCUUCUUCAAACCCAAAAACCUUAACUCCUAACUUCAUCACUGAUAAUAACCAAGUCUUGCCGGUAUCUAACCAACCCGGUCCGAUUGGGCUAAACCAGCUCACUCCAACUCAAAUCCUCCAAAUUCAAACAGAGUUACAUCUCCGGCACAACCACCAAUCUCGUCGUCGCAGUGGUCAUCUCCUCACCGCUAAACCAACCCCAAUGAAAAAAACCGACGUGGCAACCAAACCGGUUAAGCUAUACAGAGGCGUAAGACAAAGGCAAUGGGGCAAAUGGGUAGCUGAGAUUCGCCUACCUAAAAACCGAACCCGGUUAUGGCUCGGUACGUUCGAAACGGCUGAAGAAGCUGCGUUAGCUUACGAUCAAGCUGCUCAUAAGAUCAGAGGAGACAACGCUCGUCUCAACUUCCCAAACAUUGCUAUUCAAGGAGACUACUACAAACAUACAUUGUCUCCGUCUAUCAAAGCAAAGAUCGAAUCCAUCUGCAAUAACUCUGAUCUUCUUCCUCUGCCUCAGGCUCAGCUCAAGAAACAGGCCAAAACAGAGGACGUGUUCUCUGGCUUUCUUUAUACGGGUCCUAAACCGGAGAAAGAACCGGAUUUUGAGGAUAAAUUCGGAUCCGGGUUCUCGGGGUCUUCUCCUGAGUCGGAUAUAACGUUGUUGGAUUUCUCAAGCGACUGUAUGAAAGAAGAUGAGAGUUUGUUGAUGGGUUUGCACAAGUAUCCUUCUUUGGAGAUUGAUUGGGACGCUUUAGAGAAACUCUUCUGAAUCCCAUUCGAGCUUCUUAACUCUCGUUUGUUUACAAAAAUUGUUAGAAGAUUAUUUAUUUUCAGAGCUUUGUAAAUGGUCCUCAUGGAAGUUCUUGUUCUUGAA